AUGACAACAGGUGUUAGCGACAAAGCAACAUCGACUCCACCACCGUGUAAGCCAGGAGCAGACUCAGAACUCUCUGAUGCCUGCCAUAACGGGGACCUAUCAGCAGUGCGACGCAUCUUGUCAGAGGGUCGGGCGGACAUUAACUGCAGGAAGGUCAAUGGCUGGACACCUGUGAUGAGGGCAUCAGCGACGGGACAUAGAGACGUGGUGGAUUUACUCAUGAGUAAAGGAGCUGAUCUGUCAGUCAUGGACAGAGCCGCAUGCAACAUCCUUCACGUGGCCUGUUGGAAUGGACAGGUGGAGGUGGUGAAGUUUGUCCUCUCACAGGGCAUGGUGAACAUCAACUGUAGAGGAUGGAAGAAGAUGACACCAGUGAUGAUGACAGCACACUUUGGACGCAGAGAAGUGAUGAAGUUACUCGUGGGUGAAGGAGCUGAUGUGUCACUCGUGGAUUCAAAAGGUGACAACAUCCUUCACUUGGCCUGCUUGACCGGUAGAAUGAAGGUGGUGAAGUAUGUCCUGUCACAGGGCUUGGUGAACAUCGAUGCUAGAGGAUGGAGGAAGCAGACAGCAGUGAUGAGGGCAGCAUGGAAUAGGCAUAGAGAAGUGGUGAAGUUAUUAGUGAGUAAAGGAGCUGAUGUGACACUCGUGGAUUCAAAAGGUGAAAACAUCCUUCACUUGGCCUGUUGGAAAGGACAGGUGGAGGUGGUGAAGUACAUCCUGUCACUGAACAUGGUUGACAUCAACGCCAGGAACUACAGAGGACGUACAGCAACCUGGAUGGCGGUAUUCAGGAAGCAUGGAAAUGUACAUGAUCUUCUUGUGUCACGUGGCGCUCGAGGCUAG